AUGAAGUUUGCCAUCAUCGCUGCUCUUCUCGGCGCCGCCGUUGCUGCCCCUGCCAGCACCGCGACUACCUCCGCGACCCCGGCUGCCACCCCCACUGGCGCUCUCGACAGUCUUACCGGUGCCCUUCCGGGUGGUCUUGGCGAUGCCCUCGGUGGAGCUACCAAGCCCAUCGACGGUGCUGUCGACAGCGUCGAGAGUGCUCUUCCCGGCGGUCUGGGCGACACCGUCAAGGGUGCCACCGAUGGCCUCGGCAAGACCUGGCUACCAGCUGUCAUUACUACACAACCUACCGGAUCCGUUUCUCUGCUGAGAGCGCUACAUGGUCUUUAA